CAUUCGUUGCAAUCAUGUCCGAUCACGACAAGAAAGCCCAGCCAGAUCCCUACGUCAAAGAACGGAUCUCUCCAGCUUCGACCGCAGAUCUAGACGCCAGCUACGAAGCCUACAAAAGCUAUGAGGGCUCGCCAAUUGACUCGGCCGAAGUGAAGAGAGUACUCCGAAAGAUCGAUAUGCGGAUCGUUCCCAUCCUUUUCGUCGUCUACCUCCUCCAAUACCUCGACAAGAACUCGUUAAACUUUGCCGCUGCUACUCCUGGCUGGGGUCCAUCUUCUAUUUUGGAUAUCUCUAGGGCCAAUUCCCUGGAGGUUGCUUGUUGCAGAAAUUGCCCAUUGCGAAGUUUCUUGGUACCACGACUAUCAGUGAGUGUCUGGGGCAUCAUCCUGAUCACCACACCGGCAUGCACCAACUUCUCUGGAGUAGCAACGAAUCGCUUCCUACUAGGUACCUUCGAGGCUGUUGUGAACCUUGGAUUCGUGCUCAUCAUGGUUUUCUACCANGGCAUGUGGUGGACCGCUGCCGAACAACCCCUCCGUCUCGAAGCAUACUACUGCACCAACGGCAUAGCAACCAUGAUCGGUGGUCUUCUAGGCUAUGCUAUCGGUCACAUAACCACCGGCUCUCUCGAACGCUGGAUGUACGUAUUCAUCAUCUUCGGCAGCAUCAGUAUCGUCUGGGGCAUUGUGGUGCUCGUGUUUCUUCCCGACAUUCCCUCGACCGCAAAGUUUUUGACCGAGCGAGAAAGAUAUGUUGCGGUGGAGAGAGUGGCCAGUAACAGACAAGGAGUCAAGAACACCCAUUUCAAGAAAUAUCAAUUGGUGCAGACAUUACAAGAUCCAAAGACUUGGAUCUUAUUUAUUGUGGCUGUGGGUGCUCAGGUGCCUAACUCUGCUAUCACGAGUUACUUGCAAAUACCNUUUCAAUUCAUCGCUCUCCUCGGCGGCGGUUUCAUCUGCUCGCGUUACCCAAAUUCCCGCUGCAUCGUCAUGAUAGUCGCAAACUGCAUUUGUAUCCUUGGAGCCGCCAUGCUUGUUGGUCUCCCUUCCAGCAACAAGUGGGGUAGAUUGGUUGCCUUGUGGUUAUGCUAUUUCCAAGGGUUGGGAUUCAGUAUGAGUUUGACCAUGGUGAGCAGUAAUGUGGCUGGAUAUACGAAGAAACAGUGUACAGGCACGAUUUUGUUUGUGGGGUACUGUGUGGGCAAUAUCAUUGGACCUCAGACUUUUAGGGAUAGUGAAAAGCCUGGCUACCACAGCGCUUAUAUCGCCAUGUUGGUGGGCUAUGUGGUCAAACUCGGCAUGGUUGUUGUUCUAUACAUCUACAUGUAUACAGCAAACAAGAAACGGGAUCGCGAGGCUGGACAAAUGUCUGUGGAGGAAGAGAGGUUAGCUAUUGAGCAAGGCAUGCAAGAUCAGACCGAACUUGACAACAAAGGGUUUAGAUAUACUCUA